AUGAAAGAAAUGAAAAUUGUAUCAAAACACAUACAUAGUAUUCAUAGUGUAUUGUAUAGUGACCAUGGUAGCAAGUCUGCAUCGUAUCGAUUCAAUGAUAUACCAAGUUUAAAAUGGGUAGUUGAAAAUGAAACGGGAUCAUUGUUACAUGAUCUAUGCAUCAGAUCAAUUCAAUCUGGCAAACUACCACUUGAAACAAACUUACAAGUUGGUUGGGCAACCCUUGAUUUGAUCAUGGCUGUUUGUUCACCUCACAAAUACCACCCAUCAGUCAAGUUUAAACUAUCAACCUUUAAAGUAAUCUUUGAAUACUAUCGAUCUGCAUUUGAACAAGAACAUAUAGCAGUUGAUUGUGCUGCUGCAUCUGGUAAUUUUGAAUUGGUCAAAUUCCUAUUAGCCAACGGUACACCAUUUACAACCAAUGCAAUCGAUCAUGCUUGUUCAAAUGGUCAUUUAGAAAUCAUUCAAUUAUUAAUUCAUUCUACUCUAAAGAAUGAUCCAACUAUCUUUGAUGAUAAUGUUAAAUUUACAAAUCAUUCAUAUGAUAUGGCAGCUACGAAUGGACAUUUAAAGGUAGUAGAGUAUUUGGAAAGUUUAAAGACACUCUUUAAAAAGAAGAAAUCAAAGUAUAGAGUUGAAUUUUCUAAAGAUGCUAUUGAUGGUGCUGCCAAGAAUGCCAAUUGGCAUGUUGUACAUUAUAUGUUGGAUUUGUAUAAAAGGGAUGCUUCUCAACCGAUUGGUUUUAUGUCCGAGACUAAAGGACAGAUCUUUUCAUCGGCUGCAUUGCAGUGGAGUGUUGCACAUGGAAACUUGCAGGUACUUGAAAAGUUACUAGACUUUCCACAUCCCGAUAAAUCACAAUUCAAUAAGGGUGGUGGAGGUGCUUGGGUUGUUGAAGGACUGACAUCUGGUCCCAACUUGGAAACUGUCAAAUGGAUAUAUAACAAUCGAUUCAUCUCAUAUGUUGCAAACAGUGCUUUAAAAGCUACAGUUGAAAAGAAUCAAAAAGAUGUUCUUUUAUUCUACAUGGAUUUAAUCAAUGAUGACACAUAUGAUGAUGGAGAUAAAGAAAAGAAAAUGAAGAGUAUGAGACCUAUUUCUAGAGAUGGAAAAGAAUUUGAGUAUCCAAAUUUACAACAAUUCCAUUAUCCUUUGAAACAUGCUAUUGUUUCUGCCAACUCGGAUCUAUUCCAUUUCAUCUAUCGGUGUCUUGAAAAGGGACCGGUUCCCCCCUUUGUACAUAGUUUACUCAAGUUGGCCUGUGAACAUGGUCAAUUGGACAUUUUAAAGAGUUUAUUGGCCAAUAAGAAAAAGGAGAAACGGUCUGUCGAAGACCGAUUGGAGUUACUCGAGAUUGCUGCCAAACAGGGUAAUGACAAGAUGAUUCAAAUGUUACUCGAAAGUGAUCUAUUUACCAAUAUACUACCCAAUAACAAUAGUAUAGUAUUGUGUGCAUCAAGUGCUAGUGUCGAGUGCAUGCAGAUUCUUCUCUCUCGGUACCAAUCACAAAUAAUAUCAACCACCAAUCAUGUUCGUAGUCACCAAAACUCUAUCCUUUCCCUCUUACUCGAAAAGGAUACUACUAGUCUUGGGAAGGUUCAAGAAGAGGAGGACAAAGAACAAGAAGAAGAAGGAGAAGAAGAAGGAAGACGCAUUCUAAAAGGUAAUUUCAAAAAGUUUUUUGAAAAGACUGUACAAUCUGGAUCUAUAGCAUGCAUCCAAUUUAUUACAACUAAUAGAGAUGAUCCGACCCUUGCAGACAUAUAUUCACUCGCAUCGGCGAUGGAUAGUGGCCAUGUCUACAUUGUCUCUUUUAUUUUAGAGAAUUAUCCGUAUCUCUCGGUCACUCAACCAACCAAUUCCAAAGAACAAAUAGCUAUAUCAAACUCUCUAGAGAAUGCAAUACAACGUGGUGACAUUAAAAUGAUCGAUUAUAUACUUGGAUUAAAGUUGACAGCAACAACAUCAACAUCAACAACAACAAUUGCAAUAGAUAUAGAUAGUUUGGAAAGUACUCAAGAGCAUCUAUUUCAGGUCACACCUAGACAUCUUCAAUCGGCAGUGAAUCGAUGUGAUAUCCCGAUGAUCCGUAUUAUUCAUAGACAUAGACAAUACCUUUUAGUUGGAUAUCCCCAUAAACUCCUCUCUCGCGGGUUCAUCAAAAUGUUUAAAGAGACAAUGCAAUGGAAUGUUGAAAAUGGGGAAUCUGACAGUGUUGUCUACGGUGAUGUGUAUUUGGAUCAAUUUGGAAAUUGGUAUCAUGAAAUGAUUUCACUUGGUAAUAUUGAUUUGGCCAAAUACAUAGAGCAGCGAAAGAUUACAUCAUUACCAAUCAUUCAAGAUGAUGAUCAUGAUCAAGAUAAAAUAUCAGUCAUGCCAAUUACUAGUCAUAUUAGGACACUUUAUUUUAUACAACAACAACAAAAACACUUAAAUUUAACACCUAAAACAGUCGAUGCAAUCUAUUUUAGUAGUGUUGAAAAAGACCAUUACUCUUCCUUUAAAGUUUUAUCAUCAUAUCAACAACCAACCAACAUGGCAGGUAAUGCCAUCAUUCACAAACAAGCUAAAUGUAAUAAUAAUCUUUCUAUUCUUCGUCUCCAUUACUCACGAUUCUCUGGUGACACCAACAACAACAGUUACAAAGACCAUUUUUCAUCAACUUUUGAACUUCAAUUUACAAAACACAAAAAUUAUUACGACUUAUCGUUAACCCCCCAAUAUGAUGAAUAA